AUGGCCAGCCUCGCACAGCAGCCUGUGGAAGAACGUUUGAAUAGGCUGGUCAUAUUAAUUGAACCUCACGGACUGCACUCCGAAUCGUCGUAUAAUCCUGUAGCCGCGUGCUCAGCAUGCUGUCUCAUCAAGAUCAUUACUUCUGACGGCCCUAGCGGCAACCGCAACAACUGCUGGCUCGCAGGCCAGCCUCGUGUCAUUUACCUCGCUCCAGACACCUGCACUCUUUCCUCCACUCUUUACGAGUACACUGACACUGUCAUCAUCGCCGACGCCUUCAACUCGCCUGUCACCAAGGCUUCCUCUGGAUUCAACGGCGACUAUCUUAUUGAUGGCGGCCAAGGAGAUGUCUUCGACCGCCCUUGCGGUGGCUUCGGCGGAGAAACUCACUUUUCCAUCAUUUUUAGAAACGUUAUUCUGGACACCACCUCCAGCACCGGCAAGGCCGGCUUCACUGCUCUUAGCUGGGCCGUUGCUCAGAACUGCGCUCUGGUCAACGUCAAGAUCAGCAUGCCUCAGAGUGCUCACACGGGUAUGGUCAUGGGCCCGGGCUCGAUCAUCUCCGUAUCUGACGUUCACUUCACCUACGGUAAUUGCACCAUUGGUAUCCUGAUCGAUGGCGGCAACAACAUCAGCAUCCUUGCUCCUUUUUGCAACACUGUUGGUAAUUGCAUCGUGGUUAAUUCGGGUCAUCCCUGGGCUGCUGUUAUUGACGGCCAGAACACCAACUCUGGGGAUCUUUUUACCAGCAAAGUUCAGUACCCCAGCUUCAUGUUGAAGAACAUCUCCAACAACAAUGGCCAAAUCAAAUUCGUUACUAUUGAUGAUAAUGCCGGGAUCGGCGGCAAGAACAGCCUCGGUACCUGUAUUUACGGAAACACUCGUGGUGUCAAUCUCAUCUACCAGACCAACCCUUCCGAAAAGGCCCCCAACAGGCCGGCUGCGCUGGCGCCCGGUGGCAAGUAUCCAUCCAUCAGCGCUCCUCAAUAUGCCGACAAGAAGGUCUCCGAUGUCAUCAACCUCAAGGAUGUCAACCAGAAUGGCGGUUUCAACCUGCAUGGUUAUGGUAACGUUGACAAUACCCAGGCUCUAGAGGGUGCUCUCAACACGGCUGCUACCAAGGGAAAGGUCGCUUACCUCCCUUUUGGUGUUUAG